CAAGAUUCUUUGUGUCUCUCUCAUCUUCAACUCCGGCUACAAGAAUAUCGGUGUCUCUCUGUUUCGACUCGUACGACUUCCUUGUGUUACUCCCGACGACUUACGAGUUAUGAGUUUCCCUACGUUUUCAAGUGAAGAUAUGGUUUCACUUGAUGAUAUUGAUAGUGAGAUCAAUAUCAAUCAACUUGAUUGUGUUCAGACUGGUACAGAGACUGUUGGAUCGAAUGUGCCAGUUAUAGGAAUGCUGUUUGAAUCGGUUGAUGAUAUGUUUAAAUUUUACAAGGAAUAUGAUCAAGUAAAUGGGUUUUCAGUCAAGAGGAGGUCAUUAACGAAGGAUGCGAAUGGUGAUUACAGAUAUCUGAUAUUUUCAUGCGGGAGGUCGGAUAAAUUUGUAUCACGUUCGAAGAAUCCAGUCAAUCAUCGUGGCUAUAGUAAGAAUGAGUGCAAGGCGAGGCUUGUUGGUAGACUUUCUGUUGAUGGGAAAUGGAAGAUUACAUUGUUUGAAGAUGUCCACAACCACGAUCUAAGUCCUAGUCAUUCUAGAUUCUUCGCGUGCAACAGAGAAAUAAAUCUGUCUGUGAAAAGACAACUAGAGAUUAAUGAUAUUGCUGGAAUUUGACCGAACAAGAGUUUCAAUUCAUUUGUCAUUGGUACCGGUGGUCAUGAUAAUAUUCAAUUUCUGGAGAGAGAUACUAGAAACCUUCUUGCUAGGACUAGGCGUUUGCGCCUUGGCGAAGGGGAUGCUAAUGCCGUACAUGAUUACUUUCUUAAAAUGCAAGCAAAUAAUCAGAGGUUUUUUUCAUUGAUAGAUAGGGAUGAUGAUGGGCGUUUAAGGAACUUUUUUGGGCAGAUCCGCGCAGCAAGGCAGCCUAUCAUGAAUUUGGUGACGUCGUUACGUUCGAUACGACAUACCUAACUAACAAGUAUGACAUGCCAUUUGCCCCCUUUGUUGGUGUCAAUCACCAUGGGCAUUCAAUACUUCUUGGUUGUGGUUUGAUCUCUAGUGAGGACACUAAAACCUUCGUUUGGUUAUUUAGGACAUGGUUAGCGUGCAUGGGUGGUGUUGCUCCUCAUGGUAUAAUCACUGACCAGGAUAGGGCAAUGAAAAAUGCGAUUGAAAUUGUCUUCCCAAACACAAAGCAUAGAUUAUGUUUAUGGCAUAUCAUGAAGAAGGUGCCUGAGAAAUUUGGUUCACAUGGAGAAUAUGAAUCCAUCAAGCGAAUGUUGACCGAAGUUGUUUAUGACUCCCAUAGCAUCGAUGAAUUUGAAAAUAAAUGGAGUCUGCUUAUUUAUCUGCAUAAUCUGGAUGGUAAUUCUUGGCUGGAGAAUAUGUACUUGGAGAAAGAAAAGUGGGUUCCUAUCUACGUCAAAAAAUAUUUUUGGGUGGGAAUGUCAACAACUUGUCGAAGUGAGAGCAUGAAUGCUUUCUUUGACGGUUAAGUGAACUCAAAGACAACGUUGAAACAAUUUGUCGAGCAAUAUGGUAAUGCUUUGCGGAAGAAAAUUGAGAAGGAAUGUCAGGCGGAUUUUGACUCAUCCCACAAGCAGUUAGUGUGUGUUACAAAAUACGAAAUGGAAAUGCAAAUGCAAAAAGUGAUGACUCAGGCGAAGUUUUUAGAGUUUCAGAAGGAAUUGAGUGGGAUGAUGUAUUGCGGUAUCAAAUCAAUGUGUACCGUUGAUUUAGGGACACAAUACAUUAUAUACGAAGACAUUUUUUAUGGUGAAGGUGACAAGAAGAAAGUUAUGUUCACUGUGAUGUAUGAUGGACUUAACGUUGGGUGUUCUUGUUUGAACUUUGAGUUUAGGGGUAUUUUGUGCAGGCAUGCUAUAACUGUCCUUCUGACGAAUGAUGAGUAUUUACUUCCGGCACAUUACAUCUUCCCACGGUGGAGAAAAGAUGUUAGAAGAUGUCAUUCUCGAGUGAAAAUAAACUUUAAUGGGUGGACAACCACAAAUGAUCAAGUUCGGUAUGAUCACGUGUAAGAUAUUUGCUCGAUUGGCAGACUUGGCGGCAGAAAAUGAACACCAUUAUUCAAACGUCAUAAAGUGGAUUGAAGGGUGCAUAAAUAACAUGGCAACAAUUCCAACGCGAAUACCGAUUGCUUCUUUGAUAGUGGGUUCUUCAAUAUCUAAUGAUCCAAUAAUCAAAAGAGGGAAAGGACACUCACGCAGUGUAAUGAAGAAGAAAGUCUUCAAGAGGAAUUAUGCUGGUAGCACGAGCAACGAAGCUGGAGGAUCUGGGACAAAUAGAGAUCUAGGGUGUUGAGUGUUGUUAUCAUUACAGUAGUUAAAUACAUUAUGUUUUUAGUUGUGGUUUUGUAUCACUGUUGUUAAUGCAUUAUGAAUCAACAGUGUAAUUAUAUGUUGUUAUCACUACAGGAGCUAAAUACAUUAUGUCUUUAGUUGUGGUUUUGUA